AGCCCGAGCGGUGGCGGAGCGGCGAGCAGCGAGCAGCGCCUGCGGGAGCGGCCGGUCGGUCGGGUCCCCGCGCCCCGCACGCCCGCACGCCCAGCGGGGCCGGCAUUGAGCAUGGGCGCGGCGGCCGUGCGCUGGCACUUGUGCGUGCUGCUGGCCCUGGGCACACGCGGGCGGCUGGCCGGGGGCAGCGGGCUCCCAGGGUCAGUCGACGUGGAUGAGUGCUCAGAGGGCACAGAUGACUGCCACAUCGAUGCCAUCUGUCAGAACACGCCCAAGUCCUACAAAUGCCUCUGCAAGCCAGGCUACAAGGGGGAAGGCAAGCAGUGUGAAGACAUUGACGAGUGUGAGAAUGACUACUACAAUGGGGGCUGUGUCCACGAGUGCAUCAACAUCCCGGGGAACUACAGGUGCACCUGCUUUGAUGGCUUCAUGCUGGCACACGAUGGACACAACUGCCUGGAUGUGGACGAGUGUCAGGACAAUAAUGGUGGCUGCCAGCAGAUCUGCGUCAAUGCCAUGGGCAGCUACGAGUGUCAGUGCCACAGUGGCUUCUUCCUUAGUGACAACCAGCAUACCUGCAUCCACCGCUCCAAUGAGGGUAUGAACUGCAUGAACAAAGACCAUGGCUGUGCCCACAUCUGCCGGGAGACGCCCAAAGGUGGGGUGGCCUGCGACUGCAGGCCCGGCUUUGACCUUGCCCAAAACCAGAAGGACUGCACACUAACCUGUAAUUAUGGAAACGGAGGCUGCCAGCACAGCUGUGAGGACACAGACACAGGCCCCAUGUGUGGUUGCCACCAGAAGUACGCCCUCCACUCAGACGGUCGCACGUGCAUCGAGACGUGUGCAGUCAAUAACGGAGGCUGCGACCGGACAUGCAAGGACACAGCCACUGGUGUGCGAUGCAGCUGCCCUGUUGGAUUCACACUGCAGCCGGAUGGGAAGACAUGCAAAGACAUCAACGAGUGCCUCGUCAACAACGGAGGCUGCGACCACUUCUGCCGCAACACCGUGGGCAGCUUCGAGUGCGGCUGCCGGAAGGGCUACAAGCUGCUCACCGACGAGCGCACCUGCCAGGACAUCGACGAGUGCUCCUUCGAGCGGACCUGUGACCACAUCUGCAUCAACUCCCCGGGCAGCUUCCAGUGCCUGUGUCACCGCGGCUACAUCCUCUACGGGACAACCCACUGCGGAGAUGUGGACGAGUGCAGCAUGAGCAACGGGAGCUGUGACCAGGGCUGCGUCAACACCAAGGGCAGCUACGAGUGCGUCUGUCCCCCGGGGAGGCGGCUCCACUGGAACCGGAAGGAUUGCUUGGAGACAGGCAAGUGUCUUUCUCGCGCCAAGACCUCCCCCCGGGCCCAGCUGUCCUGCAGCAAGGCAGGCGGUGUGGAGAGCUGCUUCCUUUCCUGCCCGGCUCACACACUCUUCGUGCCAGACUCGGAAAAUAGCUACGUCCUGAGCUGCGGAGUUCCAGGGCCGCAGGGCAAGGCACUGCAGAAACGCAACGGCACCAGCUCUGGCCUCGGGCCCAGCUGCUCAGAUGCCCCCACCACCCCCAUCAAACAGAAGGCCCGCUUCAAGAUCCGAGAUGCCAAGUGCCACCUCCGGCCCCACAGCCAGGCACGAGCAAAGGAGACCGCCAGGCAGCCGCUGCUGGACCACUGCCAUGUGACUUUCGUGACCCUCAAGUGUGACUCCUCCAAGAAGAGGCGCCGUGGCCGCAAGUCCCCAUCCAAGGAGGUGUCCCACAUCACAGCAGAGUUUGAGAUCGAGACAAAGAUGGAAGAGGCCUCAGACACAUGCGAAGCGGACUGCUUGCGGAAGCGAGCAGAACAGAGCCUGCAGGCCACCAUCAAGACCCUGCGCAAGUCCAUCGGCCGGCAGCAGUUCUAUGUCCAGGUCUCAGGCACUGAGUACGAGGUAGCCCAGAGGCCAGCCAAGGCCCUAGAGGGGCAGGGGGCAUGUGGCACAGGCCAGGUGCUACAGGACAGCAAAUGCGUUGCCUGUGGGCCUGGCACCCACUUCGGUGGUGAGCUCGGCCAGUGUGUGCCAUGUAUGCCAGGAACAUACCAGGACAUGGAAGGCCAGCUCAGUUGCACACCGUGCCCCAGCAGCGACGGGCUUGGUCUGCCUGGUGCCCGCAACGUGUCGGAAUGUGGAGGCCAGUGUUCUCCAGGCUUCUUCUCGGCCGAUGGCUUCAAGCCCUGCCAGGCCUGCCCCGUGGGCACGUACCAGCCUGAGCCCGGGCGCACCGGCUGCUUCCCCUGUGGAGGGGGUUUGCUCACCAAACACGAAGGCACCACCUCCUUCCAGGACUGCGAGGCUAAAGUGCACUGCUCCCCCGGCCACCACUACAACACCACCACCCACCGCUGCAUCCGCUGCCCCGUCGGCACCUACCAGCCCGAGUUUGGCCAGAACCACUGCAUCACCUGUCCGGGCAACACCAGCACAGACUUCGAUGGCUCCACCAACGUCACACACUGCAAAAACCAGCACUGCGGCGGUGAGCUUGGUGACUACACCGGCUACAUCGAGUCCCCCAACUACCCUGGCGACUACCCAGCCAACGCUGAAUGCGUCUGGCACAUCGCGCCUCCCCCAAAGCGCAGGAUCCUCAUCGUGGUCCCUGAGAUCUUCCUGCCCAUCGAGGAUGAGUGCGGCGAUGUUCUGGUCAUGAGGAAGAGCGCCUCUCCCACGUCCAUCACCACCUAUGAGACCUGCCAGACCUACGAGAGGCCCAUCGCCUUCACCUCCCGCUCCCGCAAGCUCUGGAUCCAGUUCAAAUCCAAUGAAGGCAACAGCGGCAAAGGCUUCCAAGUGCCCUAUGUCACCUACGAUGAGGACUACCAGCAACUCAUAGAGGACAUCGUGCGCGAUGGGCGCCUGUACGCCUCGGAGAACCACCAGGAAAUUUUGAAAGACAAGAAGCUGAUCAAGGCCCUCUUCGACGUGCUGGCGCAUCCCCAGAACUACUUCAAGUACACAGCCCAGGAAUCCAAGGAGAUGUUCCCACGGUCCUUUAUCAAACUGCUGCGCUCCAAAGUGUCUCGGUUCCUGCGGCCCUACAAAUAACCGGGGGGAGUGGCCCUGCCUGGGGGUGGCCUGGUCCGCGGAGGGUGCACCUGCCCUCCACAGUGGGAGCUGCAUGGGCCUCCAUGCCGCCUUGGGAACCCCAUGGCACUGCCCUUCAGGGAAGCCGACCAGCCCAUGGAGACCGAGCCCAGGCACCCUUCGGACCCGCCGCCCCUGUGGGAGCACCCUGCUUCAGGAAGCCUCCCUCCCUCCCUCUGCCUCCCUUCCCCAGGACACCAAGAGCGCCCUCUCCUGAGCCCUGGCAGACCGACUGCAGGUAGCAGGAUUGCAGGACCCUCCGCCUGGCCUGGCGUUUCAGGAGAGAGGGGAAGUGGGGCCUGUGCUCUGGGAGGCGUGGUCAUCCGAGACAGGAGGCCAGGGGAGAGAGGAGGGGACGAAGGCGCCGUCUGGGGGAGGUCGAUGAGCCUGUGCUGGCAUCCGCGGGCCCCACGCUUUGCCAACUCCUCCAGCCACAGGCAAGGCCACGGCUCCGGGCUGUUGCGCUCUAAGGGUUCUGUGAUUGGAUGGAACAGAGCUGCUGGGGAGGAGACUGGAGGUUUCUGCAUUCCUUCGACAGAACAUUUAAUGAAGUACUCUAUAUAUAUAUAUAUACAAAUAUAUAUAUAAAUAUAUAUAUAUAUACUUCUAUUUGUGGGUACUUUAGGAAAAUGCCCUUUGGUCACUGUAAAUAUGAAUUGUGACCCCAUCCCUUCCCGCAUGAGCCCAGUGAGUCCCAGCAGCUAUCAGCCUCCCUGAACGAUUAAACAGCUCCUCCCAGCAUUUGCCCUUCUGUUUCUGUGAGGCCGGCAGCCCUUGGGGCUGGGGAGAGCACAGCUUGCCUUGGACUUGCUUCUGAACACGAAUUCUUCUAGAACUAGGCUCAGAUGCUCUGCUGGAGUGUUGGCCUCACCCCAGUCCCCUUGCCAACAACAUCAUUGCCCUUGGACGAGACUCAGUGGAAGACACUUCCCCUCGGACCCGUUCCUAGGAGGUGCAGGGGCCCAGCAAUAAACGGCGAAAGGGGCCUUGGCUCUCACCCUGUGGCAGUGACCUUGGGGUCCGUACUAUGCCCAGGUGUCAGCAGGAAACAAGGCCUUGCUCACAGGAGCAGGCUGUGCCACCACAAGGAGCCUCAGAGCGGCCAGUGAGGAAAGGGGAGAGAGCAGAGCUUGCUGUCAGAGGCCAGGCUCCCAGUGCAGCCUCCUCUUGCUAUGCCAUGCCACCCCCAUUCACAGGGAAACCUCUUUCCUUCCUAUAAAGGAGAGAGGUUGAAUUGACUCACGUUUCCACAUGGCUUGGGAGGCCUCAGGAAACUUACAAUCAUGGCGGAGGGUGAAGGGGAAGCAAGUGCCUUCUUCACAAGGCGGCAGGAGAGAGAAGCAAGCAGGGAAAUGUCAGGAGAAAGAGAGUCUGGGCUGUGACCGAGUGCAUGUGUCCCACCCAGCCGGAAGGCCAGCGCCUGGGAUGGAGCCAGCAGAACCCCAUGCCGAGGUCCAGGGGGCCUUGCCUGCUCUUCAUCUGCCGCGAGCUGUAGGACCUGCAUGGAAAAUGGUCUGUAUGUUUCAGGUUAACAAAUACUGAAAAUCCCAAGGAACCUGGGAGAAUCUGAAAAUGAACUCCGGUCUUCAGCUCGAAGUUGCCUCUAGGGUUCCUCCUGGUCACCCCCGGGCCCAGCCUGGCUGGCGAGAAACAAACACGGUUUGAGAGGCUGUGGCACACUGAGGACCACACAGAUGGAGGCAGCCAAGUGAGGUCCCUGGAGGUUCAGGGCUUGGUGACGAGGUAGGCCGUGAUCACAUAUUCUACAGUCCAAAAGAGGGCCCGGAGCUCAGCAAUUACUCACGCCGUCACAUGUGCCCACAGCAGCGGGCUCCGCGGCGUGGCUCCUGCUGCCAUCAGCUGCCUUCUCUGCUGAAGUCCAACUCAAGUCGGAGAGAGAGUGGAGCCUCUGCACUUGGUGGGUAGGUCAGUGUCAACUAACAAGCCCUGCCAGGGGCCACUGCCGCUCCUCUGGUCACAGUCCACGCAGGCCAGCCCUGGUUUCUGGAAAGAGGCCUCCCUCCCUCCCUUUGUGGAGCCGUCAGUCAUCCCCAAGAUGAGAGGCAAGCAUCCUCCCGAGUGAGCCUGCAGCAACAGCUCCUGAGGAAGGUGCCGGGAGGGGUGUCGCCUCUUCACGAGUGUUCUCCAGAGAAUCAGAACACAGAGGAUACAGACGUAGAUGUGUGAGGGGCUGCAUUAUGGGAACUAGCUCAUGGAUUCUGGAGGCCAACAAGUCCCACGAUCUGCUGUCUGCGAGUGGGAGACCAGGAGAAGCCACACCGUAACUCAGUCUGAGUCCAAAGCCCGAGAAGCCAGGGGCCACCCUGUGAGUCCCAGCAUCCAAAGCCCCAAGAACGAGGAAGAUGGAUGUCCCAGCUCCCAAAGGGAGGAUUCUGCCUUCCUCCUCCUUCUGUUCUAUUGGGGCCCUCAACAGAUUGGAUGGAGUGGAUGUCUUCACUCAGUCUGCCAAUUCCCAUCCUAACCUCUUCUGGAAACACCCUAGCAUGUUUUCCCAGCUAGCUGGGUAUCCCUUCACCCAACCAAGACGACCAUGCAAUCAACCAUCACACUUCAGUGUUUUUGUUUGGUUUUUUUGUUUUGUUUUUUGUUUUCUUUCUUUUUUUUUUUUGAGAUGGAGUCUCGCUCUGUCACCCAGGCUGGAGUGCAGUGGCGCGAUCUUGGUUCACUGCAAGCUCCGCCUCCUGGGUUCACGCCAUUCUCCUGCCUCAGCCUCCCGAGUAGCUGGGACUACAGGCACCCACCACCUUGCCCGGCUAAUUUUUUUGUAUUUUUAGUAGAGACGGGGUUUCACCAUAUUAGCCAGGAUGGUCUCGAUCUCCUGACCUCGUGAUCCGCCCGCCUCGGCCUCCCAAAGUGUUGGGAUUACAGGCGUGAGCACCGCACCCAGCCAGGGUUUUCUUUUUUAAUCCUUUCCAGAAACAGAAAGAGCUCUUAACCUCGCUGAGCUCUUUCUGCAAUUCCUUUGGGCGGUUUCUGAAAGUUGCCACCCACGUACCCGCAGAUCCACUGCCCGCCUCUCCUCCCCUCAUGUUCCAGGACUCACCACCGUGGUCAGACCAUGCCCAGUGUGCCCAGGGCAAAGUUGGAUGGGCAGGUGCAGACGCGGCCCAGCCUUCAUCCUGCUUUCCCUCGCAAGCCCUUCUAUAGCUCCCAGCCCACAGGAGAGGCUGUGAGGAGCGCGAGGUCGCCAGCAGCCCCACUGGGCCUCCCACACCAUCUGAGUGACUUGAAGUCCAGGGUUGGGCUCUGUCUUGAGUCUCCACAUCAGUCUCAUACCAGGGAACUUGGGGGUCCCCCGUUAAACUACAGCUGACCCUGGGCCUCAGGGCAGGAUGGUCCCAAGGUGAGCUCCGUGGACAGCAAAGCACAUUUCUUCCAGUUGGCAUGUUGUCGAAGCCAAUGGCAGCUUGACUGAUGUGAGGUGGCUAUUCCACCUGGUUCAAGAUGGAGGUGUAGAGAAAAGGGAAGUGGGGAACAAGGACUGGGCCAGGUAGGACGGAUCCAUGUAACGAGGCCCAAGAAAAGAUGGAAGCUGAGGGCAGAGAGUCAAGGAGGCCCCCAUGCUGUCUGAGGGGAGGCUGGCAUAGCCCCUCCUCGACUGUCGCCUGAGCAGCUGAUGAGGUCCCCAGCGCCGCACGCUGUGCUCCAGGGAGAGGAGCCAAGAAGCAAGCAGGCUGCUGGGAGUCCCUGCACUGCCAUCUGGCCGGGAUGGAGGCACCUGCCCGGUCUCCAGGCUCCUCUGAGCUUGGGUCAGCUCCUAAUGGAGCAUCGCACCCCAGGGAACCAGAGGACCUCUGUGAAGAAAGGCAUGGAAAACCGGGGUGUCUCCCGCACAGCUUCCCAGGAGUCAGGUGGGACCCAGGCGUGGGGGGACCUUUCUACCCCACAUUCCUGGCAUUCCCCCCAAGUUUAUUUCUACUUUCCAGAAACAAGCCACGGGAAGGGAAGGAACCUGCAGCAGGGUUUCGAAGACAGCCAGGCCCUCCGUGAGUGAGGGCUCAUAUAGCCGCUGAGGGCAGCCUGCAGCCAGGUGGCCUCACCUGCUGCCCAGAAUUAGGCUGUGCCUUUUCCCAGUCCUUCCCCAUGCCAGAGCCUCUCCCCAUCUUUCCCCGCGCCAGAGCCUCACAGCCACAGCCACACCAACCUCCCUCCUCUCAAGCAGCAGAAUCAGCCUACGCUCCCCAGCCUCAAUGCCCCUGCCCCACACAGGUCACGCUGGCCAGGCGAUGACCAGUUUCCGAAACGCUGGAUCCCCAAGGGGACAGUGUGGCCCAGUCCUCCCCCACCUCCAUGGUGGCCCAGGCUGCAGGGCCCACGGUGGGCCCACAGUGGAGGCCUCAGGCAGCUUUCUCUCCAGCUACCCAUUGGCUUAGGACACACAGAUAAAGUAGAGCUGAAACACGGGCCAAAACAUCCCCAGACAAGGAUGGCACAAGAGGCCAAAUUUGAAGGCCUUGGGAGAGACGCCAUUUCCCCUACCUCUAACGAGCGUAGUUUUCUGUCUGAAUGGCCCCCCCUUUCAUGCACGCUCGUUCUUAAGAGACGCACCAUCCGCAGGCAGCGUCUCAGUGAAGCCUGUCCCCUGGGCUUGUCCACGGCAGGAGGCCCCUGGCCUGUUUAAGCCAUACCGAUGCUUAAUUUACAUUUUUGGAGUUGAAUAUUAUUCCAGUGCCUCCACCACCCCCAGCAGAAAAAAUAAGAUACUGAAAUAAGUUGAGUCAUUUAGCAAACAUUUACUGAGCACCUCCUGUGUGCCAGGCUCCUAGAAAGACAGGGAGUUGGUGCCCUGCACAGAUGACAAACUGCCCCAGACAGCAGACAGAAAGACAAACUGCCCCGGACAGCAGACAGACAAACAGACACAUUGCCCCGGACAGCAGAGAGACAAACAGACACACUGCCCCGGACAGCAGACAGACAGACACGUUGCCCCGGACAGCAGACAGAAAAACUGCCCCGGACAGCAGACAGACAGACAAACUGCCCCAGACAGCAGACAGACAAACUGCCCCGGAAAGCAGACAGCAAACUGCCCCAGACAGCAGACAGACAGACACACUUCCCCAGACAGUAGAUAGACAGACAACCUGCCCCAGACAGCAGACAAGCUGCCCUGGACAGCCUGCUCACCUUGCCUGCCACAGUGCAUGCCCCACAGGGAGAAGCCUUCCUUCUCACCCAGGGAGUCCAGCCAUUUUCACCUCCCCUGGUCCAUGCUCAGGAAGUCUGGUCACCCUGGCAAACUGCACCUGACAUUGAGGUCCCUUUUCACCAAAGAUGCACAAGGUGUCCAUGCCGAGCCGACAUCAUUCAGGCCAAGGGCAGAGGAUGUAAUGAGGGGUGGAGUGAGGAUGUGGAGAGAGAGCAGAGAGCGCCUCCUAUUCUACCGCGGCUGCCUCUGCCCCCACAGCACCCACAGAUCCCUGGCCCUUCCAGGAGUAAGUCCUGGGCAGGCAGAGCUGGGGUUGGCCUGAUCCCACCUGCCUUGCUCUUGGAAAGGACAUCAGGUGUGGGCAAAGCAUUCUUGAAGCCCAGACAACACAGGCAUGGCCUGCGUGCCCUCCCAGCAUCUGCUGCGAUGGCCUCAAGGCCUCUCCAGUCCCCUGCUGCACCAUGCCACUCAGAACCCCUGAGUGAGCCCCCUGGAAUUGUCUGCACCCCCCAAGCCCCAACAGGAAGAAGGGAAAGGCGGGGAAGCUGACGCUCACUCAGUGCCCACUGGGUGCCAGGCUCUGGGCUCAACCCUCUAAUAUCCACACAUUCCAUCCUCCCAGCCCCGUGUAGAUGGUGGGGUUAAGACCAUUCCUCAGAUGUGGAAAUGAAGGCUCUGGGAGACCACAGGACAUGCCCAAGGCAAAGAGUUGGUAGUCUCUGGAUUUGGGAAUCAAACUCAAGCCCAUCUAAUCCAAGGGUAGGAAAUGUCUCUAAAACGUUGAUCAAUCUGAAGCUUACAGACUGGAAACUGGGCCAGGUCAGCCCUGGCGGUGGAGUCCAGAGACAGAGAGAAGGCUGCAGGGAGGGGAGAGAACAGGAGGAUCCGGGGCCAGGGUGACUUCAGUGACAUUCCUUCCCUCCUUCACAAGCACGAAAAACUCAUUCGGAGAAAAGACAGCUUCUGCCUUCCCCACCAGGUGGACAGGGUACUCACUGUGCCAACGUGAGCAGACACAGCCAGAGGCUCAAGUGCCCUUGCCGAGUGUCCCCGCUGCUCUUGGGGAAGCCCCGGCACAGCCCUGCAGAGAUGCAAGUAAGAGAGUGCCCAGUGCCCUCGGCAGAUGGGUGGCAGAAAGCAGGAGGAGGAAGAGGGAGCUGACCGAUGCCGGGUGUCUUACUCCGCUGAGAUCAGAACCUCCAACAUGCCAAGCAGACCCAGGCCACAUCGCUCGGGGAACAGGACACCAGGGCGCUGUGCUAGAGGCCUGCAGACUUCACUUCUGACUGCUGUGAGGGCACUGUAUUGUCCAGACGCUUGGCAACGACUCUGCCUGCAAGUGGCAAAUACCAACAUAACCACAUCUUCCUUUUAGUUGCCACAAAUAUUCAGUUUUGUUUUAUCCAUCAUGUCCCCCAUAUGCAUGUAAUGAAACAUUUGUGAAAAUCACUUUAAUAAUAAACAGGAAAUGAACCUAA